AUGGUCACAAAUAUCCGUGACAAGGUGAUCGAGGAAGCUGCGAAGAUACGGGAUGCGAUAAAGUGCGAGGUCAAAGGGCGCCUGGUAUCGUUAAAAGUGGAUUCCGCCACAAGACUUGACCGAUCCAUAGUUGGGAUCAACGCUCAGUUUCUGGUUCCAGGGACUCAGGCCGUGCGAACUUUGUCAAUGCGGGAGGUCAAGGAGCGCCACACAGCUGAACACCUGAAAUCUGUCAUCCUAGAAGUUCUAAAAAGUUACGAAAUAAUGCCAGAUCAGAUUUAUUCCGUGACAACUGACAACGCUGCUAACUUAGUGAAGUCGGUGUCCUUGAUAGUGGAACACGAGGGAACAAACUUCCAUGGGGUGCACGCUAUAAACGGAGCUGAAAGCGACGAUGAUGAGCAGUUCUGGAACGAAAGGGAGUCUGAUAUCAUCUUCGAAGAACUUCUUGGUGCCGGCUCAGGAAUCGCCGCAACAGGAGUGGCCCUUCGUGGGGUCCGGUGCGCAGCACACACGCUUCAGCUGGCCGUAGAAGACGCACUUAAAAGCGCGGACGUGAAAGUUCUUCUUGACAAGUGUCGUGCAAUCUGUAAGAAGCUGCGUGUACCCACAACAAUGAUGCUAGUCAAGAAACUGAAUCUCAAGAAGCCGAUCUUAGAUUGCCCAACUAGGUGGAACUCUACCUGUGACAUGUUGGAGAGGCUAAUCGAACGCAAACCCUUUUGCAUUGACAUGGGGAAAAGCAGCACUGACUUUGGGGUGAGUGACGAAACCUGGGCAGCUAUCGAAGGAAUUAUCGCCAGUUUAAGGCCUGCAAAGGUUGCAACCAAGGCUCUUCAGAAGGAGCAGCUGAGCCUCGGUGAUUUCUUCGGUAUAUGGCAGCAGUGCUCACUGGAAACUGCGAAGAUAGACUGUGUUCUUGCUCAGCGACUGACAUCUUCCUUAAAGCAACGGCUGAAAAGUUUGCUCCAGAACGACGUUUUUCAAGCCUGCGUGUUCCUGGAUCCUCGUUUUAACGUCCUUCUUCUGGAAGAUGAGAAAAAAUCUGCCAGGGACCACCUGAUGAAGACGUGGGUGGCUCUGAAAAAGGUGCAGAAGCCUUUUUUGGUUGCCCCAGCAUCUGCCUCGUCUGGCGAAGAAUCGACAGCAGGUGACUCUGACGAUGAUUUGGACGCCUUACUGCGACUGAAGGAGGCGGCAUCAAGAACUCAUCAAGCAAGCUUGAAAGCAGCAGAUACUUCUAUCAGGCCACUGCUUGACUCUUUCUUAAGAGAACCACGUUUAAAGAGAUCGGAAGAUAUUUUCAAGUACUGGGAAAACCAGAAGGGUCUAAAACCAGAGCUCUACGAAGUGGCCGAGCAAACCUUAGCGAAGAAACAUUGA